AUGCCGAAGGUCUUGAUUCAGCAACCUCGAUGGUUAGACCGGGGCACCACCGGGUUCGAUUUUUUCCAGCCGCAGCAUGACAAAAGGGACAAUACUCAGACCGCUCCUGAAUUGACUGGACCAUCGAGAAAGGUUGCGUUGCGCGGUUCAGAAAUCUUCGCUAUCGUGGGCAACGAACUUCGAUGGAGCGAUUUGGAGAGUUGGAAAGAAUCGAACACAGUUGAACAGCAUGCCGAUCAGCAGAGAGAUCAAUCAUAUAAGAUACUUAAGUUACCAACGUCACGCCCAGUCUCACAACUUACCAUAUCGCCCUCGGGAGACUUUCUCGCCAUUCUCACAUCCCACACUUGUCACGUCUGCGUACUACCAUCCAGUGAGAAGUUGAGGUCACCAGACAAGCAACCAAUGAAAUUGCGGGCAUUUCAAGUCGGUCCAACAGCUCACGUUCUAGAGCAAUCGCAGCUCGCGACUGCUCUCUGGCACCCACUCUCACCUUCCGGCAAUGACUUGGUCACUGUCACCCGCGACGCCUGCGUCCGCCUUUGGGAGCUUGACAGCAACAACCGCCACUCUUUCGAUGAACCCGCACUCGCUGUCGACUUGAAGAAGCUGAGUAACGCGACAUCAACACGCGAGGAUUUCUCCGCCAGCAAAUUCGGAGCCAACAAAGCAUACACCCUAGAUGACGUAGAAAUGCAAGUCGCAGCAAGCUGCUUCGGCGGACAGGGUAAAGAAGACGAAGACGGCUGGUCCAGCAUGACCCUCUGGAUUGCGAUGACUGAAGGAGAUGUGUAUGCGCUCUGUCCGUUCUUGCCAGCUCACUUCUGGGCGCCGGCGACUUUCCUUCCAAGCCUGACGACCAGCGUCGUGGCCAAGGCACGCAUCUAUGAUCAGGAUCCAACAACUUCGGAAGUGCAGAAGCGCACUGCUGACCAGCAGUGCAAGUGGCUUGCUGAACUGGACAAGCAGGAUCCAGUCAUUGUGCCAGGCGAUCAAGGAGCGAUGGAAGUCUACACCCGACCUGAACGUCCUGGAAUCGUGCCAAAGCUGCAGGGUCCAUUUCAGAUCUCACCAGAACCUGGUUUUGGCGAGAUCACAGACAUUCACGCCAUUGCUCCCCAAUUAGAUCAGGGAGCUCUUUUCGGUGACGAUGAGGAGGAUCUCGAAGAGUACGGGGGAUCCGACGGACUCAGCAUCGGCAUCAUCUGCGUGGCGACAAGUGCGGGGCAGAUUCAUGUCUGUCUGAAUCUCGAAGGCAUCGAAGCAGAGUGGCUGCCCUCCAAACGAUCUCGCACGCGCCUUUUCGAUGAUGUCGCUCACGAAAAAGAACUCCUCCUAUGGGAGACGAUUGACUGCGCUGCAGGUACUGGUCCGAAAUCCGAUGCUUGCGUGCCCACAUUUACAUUGUCACACGGCGACCGCUACGAAGUUUUCACUACCCAGGCGACGGGUGUGCACACACUCUGUUUCCGACCGUGGAUCAGCGGCUUGGAGGAUGAGCUCGCGGCGCCGCAGCAUGAUGUAGAGGGCGCCUCUUUCAGGCUCAACGUGCUCUUAGACUCCUCUAGUACCGCUCUCGAGAAGGUCACCUCUCAGUUCGAGGAUGUCCCGCAGACAAUCAAUGCUGCAGUCACUGCAGCUGCGCCAGGAAACCAGGAUGGAUACAUUGUACUAACGACAGUGGCCAACAAGCCCAUAGCUACUGUCAUCGAACCUCCGAGCUCUGCCUCGCAUCCAUUCGGACCAGAAAUCACUGCGCUCCUGGAGCCAUCGGAUGUACAAGCACGGCCGACGUAUCAACCACCUGACACGCUAUUUCAGCAGCUCAAAUUUCCUGCGCAGCUUGAAGCAUGGCGCAAGGAAAGUGACGGAGGCGCACGAGGAAACAUUAAAGCAGACAUCCGAUUUUCCCCGUGGACCUUGCAGAAGAUGACCGAGGCGCACCGUGUCCUUAGUAGCGAAACGUAUGAUCUUGGUUUGGCCGCCGCAGACUUGUACCGACGAUGUCAGCGCAUGGUCAAUGAGAUGCAAGAUCAAAUCGACAGCGUUCGAAUGUUGUCUAAUCGGGUAGAUAGUGUCACCGGCGAAGACAAUUUUUCAGAAUCCGUCGCUGGACAGCCGGACUUUGUUCGCGGUGGCCGCCAGAGGAUCGAAACUCGUGUACAAGAAAGCCGAGAGCGAACGGACAGCCUACAAGAUCGUGUGGAGAAACUCCGAAGCAAGAUGCGUCUCAUUGGUGGCAAAGAUCUCUCAGCAAAGGAACGCGCCUUUGGCGAAGAGGUCACCGCUCUGUGGCAAGGCAUACAGCCCACUUCAACGCCCGGCGAAGCUCCCACGAGCCCAGCUCGUCUGGUACGCUUGGAGAACAGCGAGCUCACAACAUCGACUGUCUCGACCUUUUCCCAACCUCCCACCACCGCACAAGACAACACUAUUGCGUCUCGCUACGAAGCUGUGCAGGAGCUCCACCGUCAUCUGCUCGACCAAGCUGCUACACUCUCGCAAAAACUGCAAGCGUCUGCCGCCGAUGACCAGGCUGCGAGCAACACAAUGUCCAUGUCAAGCUUGACCAAUGACUACCGCAGCCGGAAGAUGGCUCAAGUGCUCGCUCUAUUGGAUCGUGAGACGGCGAUGAUAGAUGCGGUCCAGGAACGCCUACAGCGUUUACAAGUUUGA